AAAAAAUAACUUUUAAUCACAUCCUCCAUAAGUGUGGCAGGUAGAACACCCCCCAAAAAACUACUGCUGAAAGAAAGCCACAAGCCGUGUUGGGGACAGAGCAAACAUAUAGAAGAGGUUGCUCUUGUUAGAUAAGACCAACAUUGAUCUUGAAAAGCUGAAAUGCAGAGAACAUUGUCCGGAACAUACAAUUUUCAUAUCAAAACAUGGAUGGACUUAAAUACAAGACAAUUAUGGAAGAAAAUCUGCUAGAUGCUGCAAAAGAGUUAAGACCGGAAGGUUAGGCUAUUCUAACACAGGCAUUCGCCUGUGUUAGAAUAGCCUAGUCAAAGCCCAAAUCUAUAUCCAACAGAGAAUUUGUGAUGACGUUCACAGACUGAGAAUAUCUGGUUAACUUUCAGUAUCUACGUAUACAAAGCUUGCAGAGAUAGACCUCAAAGACUUUGAUGUGCAGUUUGACAGAAAGAUCUUUCUACAAAGUAUUCUGAAUGCAAAUGAACAGCCCUCUCUUUUAUGACUUUUAUUUGUAAGAAAAAAAAAAUCAAAACCACACAUCCCUUUCCUUCCUCUUUGCAAUAAUGCACUUUGUGUUUGUCCAUCAUAAAAUCCGUUGAAGUUCGUGGAUGAAAUGUGUCAAAAAGUGGAAAAGUUUCAAAGGGUUUUUGCUCAGCACUGUGUAUGUCUACUAUUCGUAUGUUUGGAUCUCCUCUGGAUGCCUUCGCUGCUUCCUUUGAGCUGUUGUGACUGGUCUGGCCUUUCUGAGCUCCAACAAAAACAAACAGUCCUGGGCACAGACAGACAAGUGGUAGAAAAGAGUCCUUUGUGAUACCAGCCAUCGAGGACAUCCAUUAAGAUGACUGGCAGCUUAAACACAUUAGCGGAAAAGAAAAAGCAUCCCUUCAAGUUCGGGCAGCACGUCAGGCGCGUAACGGAGCAUGUUUCUUUAAGAAUGUAAGGUGGGUGAGCCCCUCUUCCUGACGCACGCCUGGCAUGCAAACAUAAAUUUAGCAGCAACGUGUUUGCUGUUGAGGGGAACCAAAUAUCUGGAAGCGUCCGCGGAGUGUCAUGUCGUCUCCGUCCUGUCUUGGCUGACUUUCACCUUUUCCUCCUCCGCUUGGGAACCGGAGCCGGAGCGCACCGCAGCAGAGCGGAGCGGAGAGCAGAGCAGAGCGGACCGCUUUCUGGUUCUGAACAGAGAGCCGGGACAUUCAGAGGCGUCACACAACAGCUUGAAAUUACUUUGAGUUUGUUUGCGUCCGAGAUGAUGAAUUGGAGCGGCCCGUGGACGGCUGGACUGCUUCUCCUGGCGGUGUGCGCGAAGGUUGCCGUGUGGGCGGGUGACGGGGACGCCGUCUUCAUCAGGGAAUACACUCUGAUCCGAAGAGAUCACCUUUCAGAAGAGCCUCUCCCCGUUGGUGGCCAGAAACCAGAGGACCCAAGCUCACGGAUGGCGCGAUCAGAGGAAGAUCGGGACACGCUGUGGGACGCCUGGGGCUCUUGGAGCGAGUGCUCUCGUACAUGUGGUGGAGGAGCCUCAUACUCAUUAAGACGAUGCCUGAGCUCCAGGACCUGUGAAGGGCAGAAUAUCAAAUACCGCACAUGCAGUAAUGUGGACUGUCCGCCAGACGUUGGGGACUUUCGUGCUCAGCAGUGUUCAGCUCAUGCAGACGUGCGACACCAGGGUCAGUUCCAUGACUGGCUGCCUGUUUAUAAUGACCCAGAAAAUCCUUGUUCGCUCAAGUGUAAAGCCAAAGGCUCGGGCUUUGUGGUGGAGCUGGCACCCAAAGUGCUGGACGGAACACGCUGUUACACCGAGUCCUUGGAUAUGUGCAUCAGUGGAGUCUGCCAGAUUGUUGGCUGUGAUCAUGAACUGGGCAGUACGGCGAAGGAAGACAACUGUGGCAUCUGCAACGGAGACGGCUCAUCCUGCAGACUGGUGCGAGGCCAUUUCAAGUCCCAGCAUACUUCAGGGAAAACUGAGGACACUGUGGUUGUCAUUCCCUAUCAGAGCCGCCAUGUUCGUCUGGUCUUGAAAGGCCCGGAUCACUUGUAUGUGGAGGGUAAGACUCUACUGGGGGAAAAAACUGAACUGAUGUUGAACCAAUCUGGGCAAUACUACUUGGAGAACACCACCCUGGAUUUUCAAAAGCUUUCAGACAAAGAAAUCCUCCGAAUGACUGGUCCUCUUGGAGCGGACUUCACCAUCAAGAUACAGCUCACCAGUGUUGCAGACAGUGGGAUCCAGUACAUUUACUAUCAGCCCAUCAUUCACCGCUGGAGAGAAACGGACUUCUUCCCUUGCUCCGUCACGUGUGGUGGAGGUUACCAGCUGACAUCUGCAGAGUGCUAUGACCUACGAACUGGUCGAGUGGUUGUGGACCAGUAUUGCCAUUAUUAUCCUGAAAAUGUGAAGCCCAAACCCAAACUGCAGGAGUGCAACAUGGAACCUUGUUUGGACAGUGAUGGAUACAAAGAAAUUAUGCCGUAUGAUCUCUACCACCCCCUGCCUCGCUGGGAGAGCAGCCCCUGGACGGCCUGCUCCACCUCCUGCGGCGGCGGCAUCCAGAGUCGCUCUGUGACCUGUGUGGAGGAAGACAUGCAGGGUAACAUCACCCCCACCGAAGAGUGGAAGUGUCUCUAUUCUCCAAAGACAGCAAUCCUGCAGCCCUGCAACUCUUUCAGCUGUCCAACCUGGGUGGCACAGGAAUGGUCACCUUGCACAGUGACCUGUGGUCAGGGUCUGCGCUACAGGGUGGUUUUAUGCAUCGAUCACAGAGGGAUUCACGCCGGAGGCUGCAACCCCACCACCAAACCCCACAUCAAGGAGGACUGUCUGGUAGCAGUGCCGUGCUACAAAUCCAUAGACACACUCCCUAUUGAAGCGAAGCCUGUCUGGCAGAAACAGGCCAUUGAGCUGGAGGAGGAAGUGACUGCGACUGAGGAUCCAACCUUCAUUCCUGGUCCCUGGCAGCCCUGCAGCAGAACGUGCGGAGCUGGGACCCAGCAGCGGACGGUCAAGUGCCAGGUGUUGCUGUCUUUCUCCCAGACUGUUGCCGACCUGCCUGACGACGAGUGCGAGGGGGAAAAACCCAUCUUGGUCCAGCCGUGUUAUCGCAAACCCUGCUCAGGAGAGCUCGGUCAUGGGGACGAAAAUAGAGAAGAGGAGGAGCCGCGACGCGAUGGGGACGUACUUGACUGGGAGUACGAGGGAUUUACGGAGUGCUCAGAGAGCUGUGGAGGAGGUGUGCAGGAAGCUGUGAUCAUUUGCCUGAACAAGCAGACCAGGGAGGCCGCAGACCAAAGCCUGUGUGUGAGCUCCCGUCGGCCCCCUCCGCUCCUCCAGGACUGUAACACCCACCUCUGCCUACCGAGGUGGGAAACAGGGCAGUGGAGCUCAUGCUCUACCACGUGUGGUGUUGGUCUGAUGACUCGGACUGUAACCUGCACUCACCGACCCUCUCCAAACAGCAACUACUCUGCGGUUUUAAAAGACGAAAUGUGUCAGAAGCCCAAACCAAGUCCUUUCCAAGCCUGUAACCGAUUUGACUGCCCUCCUACAUGGGACACACGCGACUGGGGCCAGUGCUCCCAGACUUGUGGUGGUGGAGUCCAGAAAAGACAAGUGUUUUGCAAACAAAGGCUGGCAGAUGGCAGUAUCCUCGAGCUUCCUGACACCUUUUGUCCAUCCAGGACUCCUGAUAACCAGCGUCCAUGUGGCAGGCAGGAUUGCCCACCUCACUGGGUCACUGCUGACUGGUCUCAGUGUUCAGUAACCUGUGGAAAUGGCAUUCAGACUCUGCAAGCUGUCUGCAGGAAGCAAGGAGAAAAUGGACAAUUUAGUAUUAUUAAUUCAAUAAACUGUUCCAUGAUAGCCCGUCCCAUCAGGAUCCGCUCAUGCUUUCUCAGGCACUGUGAAGACUCCCCGAAACCUGAUGCCACCAUACUUGGCCAGAGGAAAGUUUACAUCCAGUGGAAGAAGUCCAAGAAGUUGCAGCUGGUUGUCGGUGGUUAUGCAUACCUCAUGCCCUGGACGACGUUAAUCCUUCGCUGCCCAACACGCAACAUCCGUAAGGGCCACAUUCAGUGGCUUAAAGGAGGGAAACCCCUGGUGAACCGCUCUCAAUUUUCCAUAAAAUCCCAAGGAUUUUUGAAGAUUCAGCAGGUCCGUCCAACCGAUGCUGGAGUCUACACGUGCACUGCGGGUUCUGCACGAGAACAUUUUGUCCUACACAUCGUUGGCAGCAAGAAAAAGCUUGCAGUUCCUGAGUCAUGGGUGAAUAAAAGUAGGCAACACAAGACUAUGCGUCCAGAUAUAACCUCAACUAGUGGCACAACGCAGGAGCUACCCAUACCCCUCAAUAAAUAUGACAGCCUUGUAGAGCGCAUGCUGGCGCUUAAAGGUUAUUACCACAAUAAAAAAUACCUUGCUGACAAACCUUACUCAAGUGAAAAGAACAAGUUGACUCUGGAGAAUGAUAGGACAAACGCUGAUUCUCCAGUUCCGGCUAUGCUUGUUACCGACAGCACCAAGUUAGAUGAGAUCAUACGCAAUCUCUCUGAAGGCUUUGGAGAACAACAAGGGGAACAUUUUAUCAUGGAGUUCCUUAGUGAAAUUGCAGUGACACAAGGAGACGCCAAUGAAUCUACCGUUCACCCAUCAGAUGGUGCAGAAUCCUCCACAAAUGGACCAAUCCUUUACAAGCCAAACCUCAAAACCCACAUUUCAAGAGCUGGGCAUCCAGAGUUUAUACAACGGCCUAAAAAGAUCAUUGUAUCGCCUCAGUCUGAGGUCGUCUUUCAUGUUGGGACACCAGUUUUCUUGCGGAAACCAGUUGCCACUUUGGAGUUGAGGUGUCACCCUGUCGGGAACCCUCAACCAUCUCUAAUGUGGACAAAAAAUGGAAAUCAGUUGCACUUUGAUAACAGAGUUGGCCUUUCAGCCUCUGGCUCACUGACGAUCCAGUCUCCAGGUAAAGAAGACGAGGGUCUGUACACAUGCACUGCCAAAAAUCGUCAUGGAAGUACAUCUUUGUCAUCUUGGCUGCGGAUUACAAGUAGUAAAGAAAGAAGCUGUUUCCGUGGUAACAACACUGACCAACCUUGUGUUGAGAGGACAAACAGCAGCCAGUCAGACGGCCUUUGCACAGGACAAGGCUGCCCCCUCAGCUUGGCUAGAUGGCGUGUGGAUACAUGGACGCCAUGCUCUGCCUCCUGCGGUGGGGGAUCCCAGUCUAGACGUGUUCGUUGCACGAUGGGUCCCGAGGCCAGUUUAAGAGAAGUACAAACCAGGCAUUGCCUUAGAAAUGGGAAGAAACCAUCUAGUAGCAGGUUAUGCAACAUUUUGCCCUGUGCCAGAUGGAUCACAAGUUCCUGGGGACUAUGUCUUGGUCGGUGUGUGGGACCCAGUUUGGCAACGCAGCAUCGGCACGUUCACUGCAAAGACACGAAUGGUACCAAAGUUUCCUAUAGGAUGUGUCAAGGUUUUAGGAGGCCCAGCUCAGUGAGAAACUGCUCCACAGAUGCGUGCUUCCUUUACUGGUACGUGGGGCCAUGGACACAGUGCACAGCCACCUGCGGCCGACACGGUUUCCAAUCCCGUCAGGUGACCUGCAAACACCGUCGAACGGGCAGGACGACACGGGAUCACCACUGCAUGUGGAGACCUCGGCCUUCCAGCUGGCAGCGCUGCAAUAUGCUGUCUUGUGGCAGAGCAGAGGAGUGCCGUGACAGCACGAGGUACUGCGAGAGGGUCCGCCAGCUGGAGCUCUGCCCCCUGCAGCAAUUCAAGAGCCGCUGCUGCCACUCCUGCAGGAAAACCUGAGGGACGGGGGACGUGGUGGGACGAGGCGUGUGGAGAACUCGGACAGGUCGGGGGGAUUGGAUUGGUCCUAAAAUGGGGGGAACUCGACACCCACAGCCGUUUCUUCUGUGGUCCGUCUCAGAUGAGAGUUGCUGAGUGGGUGAGGAAUGUUUGUCUCAUGCCCAGAGUGAGGGUGACUAUUCCGCCUUGAGGAUGUCAUGUGCUUGGUUUGAAUUUGAAAGCUUACGAAAGAUGGACGGCCUUAAAUGAAAGCUUCAGUUUCAAUUCUUCCUACUUUUGUCUGUUUUUUAAAACGGUAAAGGUCACACUAACAGAUUUCCUCUGAAGUUGUGCAAACCUCCUAUUGCUAUUGUGAAAAAUAGCAAUAGGAGGGGAUAACAUUGUCCCUGAAAGAGGAACUACAGACAGCGAUGCACUGACUAAUGACCCAUCCACCUAGUGAUUAAACUGUUGUCAGUUUAAUGAAUUUUCUUACUGCACCAAAGACAAGCAGUGGAAAUAUGGCUGAUUUUAUACAGACCACCAGUUUUCACACAACUGUCUUUAUAUUUAACUUUUUAUAUUACCUCACUGUCAAGAAUUACCAGCAAACCCAUUAGCUUACUGAUUAGCUUAAGUGGUAUGCUGUCUUGUCAACUUAAUGUGAGGAUGCUUUUGUUUAAAAAUAAAACAGUGUGAUGCUUCUAAUAAAUUGGAAAUAAAGCAAAUAUAUGACAAUGUAAUUAGUUUCAACCAUCUGUGAAUUAAAUUAUAACCCUUUCUAUCUUUUUGGGUGACCAUCUGUUAGCAGGAUUUCAUGUGAAUCCUGCAAAAUAGAAAGUGGAGCAAUAAAAAGUGAUCCCCUGCAGAGGUUUGCACUAAGGGCUAUACAUGGGACUAAAGCGAACAAAUGUUUUUUAAGACAAAAUACACGUAUUUUGCACUAUUAACUCAUCAAAGUCCUUGUUAAAAACAUGGCUUGCAAAGUUUUUUUUUCUUUAUUUUAUUCUUAGAGUAAAAUUGUUUAUAUGUUUUAAUGAAAAGUUGUUCAAAAUGUUCCUUUAACCACUAAAGUGUUUGUCUAAACAUAGAAAUUCCCUUCUUACAGCGCCCUCCGUGUUUAUUGGCUACAUCGGAAAAGACGUGAAAUUUAGCUGAUAAAAAAAAAUUCCAACUUUUAAUUUGAGUACAUUUUUUUCUGUUUUGAAAUAAAGGUGUUUGAGAAAAUCACUAGGUAGCACCCAUAUCAAUUUAAGAAUAAUUUUUUGAAGCAUUUUUUAAGCGUCUACUUUGAGUUUAUUUACAUGUCUAGGUAGUUUUUAAAUAAUGGCCAAAUAUUUCCUGUCUCUGAAGUACAAAAAUGACAAUACUACUAUUGUGUACUCUUCAAAAUGGGAAAGGCAAUAAAAAAUGUUUGUUUUGAUCACAGUAAGUAAGAAAAGAUAUCAAAAACCUAUGAAAAACAAAUAACUGCCACUCGGAACAUGUCUACAUCAAUAAUCAGAGCAAUAAACAAAUAAAUGGUUUUCAAUUUACACGUUGCACUUCUUCAACUGGAGUGCUAAUAAAUGCGAAGGGUCCUGUAUGUCAUACAAACAAGUUAACGGAUUUCACUUUUUCUGAAAAGUAUCUAACAUUUGUGAACUCUUAAUCAGGUUUCACUCUUAAUUUGUGGACAUUUGAAAAUGACGUCACACUGACAUGUCAAUAAUGUGAAGUGUUGCUGGUUAUUACUGAUGGGAACUUGUAGAAACUGUUAAUAGUUAACCACAGUUUCAUAGAAGUUGUUGAUAAGCAGGGUUUGCACUUUUAGCUUUGUGGAUACAAAAUGAAUCAUCAUUUACAGGGGCUCGGCAGGAACUGCUGGGUCAUUGAAUGAGGUGUGGAUAUUUUUUUUAUGUAACUAGAGAAAAACGUCACUAAAUGUUGCUCAUGGUCUUAAGUUGUGUACAUAUUUUUGUUCAUUUUUUUUGUAUUAUUUAUUUUCAUGAGCUUUCAUCUACAUUUUUUUUUUCUGGGUUGUUGCUUUAUGACGUUGAUUUAUUCCCACUGAUUGUAUUCUUGUGCAUGCAGGGGGAACCUCUGCUGGUGACUCUUUGUGUUACUUAUUAUUUUGUUGCAAAAUAAAGCAAAAAUACGUUCCUUUUUAAAA